CCGGCGAGGCCAUGGGCCCCCGAGGAGCACCCGACUCCCGCGCCGAUGUGAAUUAUUAAAAAGAAAAUGGCCCGACGGAGCACUGUAUUUCCUUCUCUUGUCACCAAGGAAAGGUAUAAUAUAUGGAAAAUAUGCAUCUAAGGCGAGUUAGAACCAUGCCCCGACACAGCCAGUCCCUGACUAUGGCUCCCUACUCAUCUGUAAGCCUGGUGGAGCAAUUAGAAGACAGGAUUCUUUGCCACGAGAAAACCACCGCUGCGCUGGUGGAACACGCCUUCCGAAUUAAAGACGACAUCGUCAGCAGUCUGCAGAAAAUGCAAAACAAGGGGGGUGGUGACCGCUUGGCCAGGCUUUUCCUGGAGGAGCAUAUCAGAAACAUAACUGCCAUAGUGAAGCAACUUAAUCGGGAUAUCGAGGUACUCCAGGAGCAGAUCCGUGCCCGGGACAACAUCAGCUAUGGAACUAAUUCUGCCUUAAAGACUCUGGAGAUGCGCCAGCUCUCUGGUUUGGGUGACCUUCGAGGGAGAGUGGCCAGAUGUGACGCCAGCAUUGCCAGACUGUCUGCAGAAUACAAAACGACCUACGAGGGGCUCCAGCACUUGAACAAAGAACAGCAAGCUGCCAAACUUAUCUUGGAAACGAAAAUCAAAGACGCAGAGGGACAGAUUUCUCAGCUUUUGAACAGAGUGGACCUGUCAAUAUCAGAGCAAAGCACCAAACUGAAGAUGUCCCACAGAGACAGUAACCACCAGCUUCAGCUUUUGGAUACAAAAUUUAAAGGUACAAUUGAGGAACUCAGUAACCAGAUUUUAUCUGCGCGGAGUUGGUUGCAACAGGAACAAGAACGGAUAGAGAAAGAUCUUUUACAGAAAAUUGACCAGCUUUCCUUGGUUGUUAAAGAAAACAGUGGAGCUAGUGAAAGGGACAUGGAGAAGAAGCUCAGCCAGAUGUCUGCCAGACUUGACAAAAUAGAAGAGAGUCAGAAGAAGAAUAUGGAAGUGCAGAGAACCAAACAAGAAGAGGAGAAGAUGCAUGGGCGAAUCAGCAAGUUGGAGUUACAGAUGAAUGAAGACAUGAAGGAAAUGAAAGCAGAAGUUGAUGCUGGGUUUACAGCCAUCUAUGAAAGCAUAGGCUCCCUCAGGCAAGUUCUGGAAGCCAAGAUGAAGUUGGACAAGGACCAGCUACAGAAGCAAAUCCAACAAAUGCAGAAACCAGAAACUCCCAUGUGAAGGGAGUUGGGACAAGGACCUUAAAGGUGGUUUUCCAGUGUGGCUAGAAGCUAGAGACUUCUGUAGCCACGCUGUUGCUGCAUUGGGGACUGUCCUAAUCCAUGGCGUGCAUGUGCUGAAAAUAUAUUUUCAUGGGUCUAAAUGUUUACCUUGAGUCUUGAAACCCCCCUUUCUGUAAAAGUGUUAAGUACAAUUUUUACCACUUUAUGUCACCUCUCUAAAUUAAAUGGAAUAGCCUCUCUUCUCCCUGGAUUUUGAAAGGCUUUUAUUCCUUUCAUUUUAUGAAUGAAAACACUUAACAAUCCCCCUUCAGUGCUUCAUGCUUUAGCCAAGACUUUACUAUUUUUUUGAAAUGUCAUGGUGAUUUUUUAAAUUAAGAUAUAAUGAAUUGUCAUAGGAAUGUAUUGCUCAUUACCCUAAAUUCAGAGAAUGUCCUGAUAGAUUAGAAUUCAACCUUUAGAGUCCAUAUUUGGGUUAUUAUUGUUGUCUGUGCAUUUCUUAUUUUGGUUAUCUUCCUAUAACUCUUCUGUCUUUUGUAGGGGGAGAGAUUUAACAGUUGGGGAAACACCCCGCUAUUUGCUUAAUGGAAAUAAUUUAAAAAUUUAUAAUGGCCAUAGAGAUUACAAAUUAAAAUGGAAAACUUCAGAAAAUUAUCUAGCUAAAGCAAGGCACAAUGUCUGCAUAAACCACCUAGAUAUACGAGGUUUUAAUAUUUAAAACUUUUUUCAAUUAUCCUCAGCCUGUAUAGUGAUAGCCAUAUAUUUAAUAAUGGAAUGGUGGUUAAUAGCUUAUUUAUUACACAAUGAAUUAUUCAUUAAUCAUAAUCAAAUGUGAGAAUUUUUCAGGCUUUAUGAUCUCUUCUCUAGAUGUUUCCAAAAUUGGUACAAAGUGCUAGGGUUUAUAUAUAAUUAUUGUUACUGUAUUCUUGUGCCUUGAUUUUAUCACGUCAAUGCAUUGUACCCUAUAAAAGUUUUGCAGACAAAAUAGAUGGCAUGAUAAUGCAUUGGAAUUAUGAUGUAAAAAUGGGAUCCUAUGUAUUUUUUAAAUGUUCUAAAAAUUUUAUCACUGUUAAGAUGUUAAUCAUUCAGUAUUAUUAAUGGAAUAGAAAUUCAUACUUUUGUAUGGACAGAGAAUCAAAUUUCUAACACUGUCAAGAAACUUUCAUCUUGAGCAACUUUGUAGAUGACGGCUGUUUUAUUUUGAAUCACCAUCUUUGAUGAGUCAUUGAGAAUUGGCACCAGUGCUGUCUGUUCACUUAUGUAUGUUAAAACUGGUAGUGAGAUACACACCGUUCUAAACUGUGAGGGUUCCCCAGGAAAAAAAUAAAUAGGAAUACUUUAAAAUUAAAAAUUAUUUUUUUUUGUUUGCCAAGGACUCAGGAAAAUUAAAGCAUUUUCUAUUUUUAGGAUGAAUCAUAAAUGAAAUAUCUAACUGGCUAUUACUGUUUACCCAUAUAAAAUAUGCUGCUAAAGUACAUAAUAUUUUACCCUCAAUGGCUUGACAAAAGAAGUUUUUUUUUUAAUUUGGACCUGAGAUGGUAUAUAAGGAAUAUGUUAUCCAACACAUAUCUCCUUAUUUUGUCAUGCGUCUUUUCAACUUUAUAUAGGAGGACUAUUUCCACUUACAGAAAAAAAAGCAUUAAUGCUCUUCUGUCAUCCAAAAGUGAUUUUCUUUUUUAGAUAGAGAACCAUGUUUAGUACAGUUCUCCAAGUCGAAGCACAGGCCAUACAGAGAGCCACAGCCCUUACAAGUAGCUCUCUCAAGGGUCUCUGAGGAGGAAGUCAGCACAUGAAGACACCUGGGAUGAUGGGGACAGAGGAUACCAGCUGGACUCUUGGACUCUGGCCAAGGGGAUGAUGUGAACAGGUGAUGCUCAACUGUCCACUGAGUGCUCAGGUACUUCUGCUGCCACCAGUCCCACACCAUGAACUCAGCAUGAGUUCACCCUGCCUCCAUGCUGGAAUCACCUGAGAUGUUCAAAGAGCUACUGCUGCCCAAGCGGCCCCAGACCCAUUAAGUCAGAACUGCCGGGAGGAGGGAUGCAGGCAUCAGUAUGUAUCACAGGCCCCCGGUGAUUCGUGUACCACCGAGGUUGGGAGCCUCGACCUAUAGCUACUCUUAUCACCAAAGUUUAAUGAGAAUCAGCUUCUGUGUUCUUUCCUUUACCUGAAAUUUGCAAUAAAAAUAAUAAAA